AUGGUCUCCACCUCGUCGUCGUUACUCGACCAGCUCUUUGCUGUCACCCCGUUAGCCGACUCGUCGGCCUCGGUCAAGGCUCUCUCGCUCGCCAUCGCUUUGCCCUUGAUUGCGAUCGUGCUCAACGUCGCCUCGCAGCUGCUGCUGCCCGCACCCCGAAACAACCCGCCCGUGGUCUUUCACUUUGUUCCCGUGAUCGGAUCCGCGGUAUACUAUGGCAUUGACCCGUACAAGUUCUUCUUCGAGUGCCGGGAAAAGUACGGCGAUGUGUUUACCUUUGUCUUGCUCGGCCGUCGGAUCACGGUGGCGCUCGGACCGAAGGGAAGCAACUUGGUGUUCAACGCCAAGCACCAGCAGGUGACUGCCGAGGACGCGUACACGCACUUGACCACGCCUGUGUUCGGCAAGGAAGUGGUGUACGAUGUGCCGAAUGCCGUGUUCAUGGAGCAGAAGAAGUUCGUCAAGGUCGGACUGUCGAUCGACAACUUCCGCGUCUAUGUCCCGCAGAUCGUCGACGAGGUCAAGGAAUACAUCAAGACCGACCCGCGCUUCGCACCCAUGCAGAAGGGUGCCAAGACGCUCAGCGUAGACAUCUUCCAGGCCAUGUCCGAGGUCAUCAUCCUCACCGCUUCGCGCACCCUGCAGGGCAAGGAAGUGCGUGAAGGACUCGACAAGACUUUCGCUCAGCUCUACCACGAUCUCGACUCCGGCUUCACCCCGAUCAACUUUGUCAUCCCCAAUCUGCCGCUUCCGAGCAACUUCAAGCGCGACGCGGCGCAGAAAAAGAUGUCGCAGUUCUACCAGGACAUUGUCGCCAAACGCCGGGCUGCAGGACACGCGGACGACGGCAGCGGCGAGAACGACAUGAUCGCAGCACUCAUGGAGCAGAAGUACAAGAACGGCCGCCAGCUCAGUGGAGUCGAGAUCGCACACAUGAUGAUCGCGCUGCUCAUGGCAGGGCAGCACACGUCGUCGGCGACGAGCAGCUGGGCGUUCCUGCGCCUGGCCAGUCGUCCUGAUGUCAUCGAGGAGCUGUACGCCGAGCAGGUCAAGGUGUACGGUGACAAGGGCGGCAGCGAGUUGAGAGAGCUGGACUACGAGACGCAGAAGACGAGCGUGCCGUUGUUGGAUGCGGUGGUCAAGGAGACGCUGCGCUUGCACCCGCCGCUGCACUCGAUCAUGCGCUACGUCAAGACGGAUCUGGCCGUGCCGCCGACGCUGGCGUCGCCUACGUCCAAGAGGGAGGACGGGUACGUGAUUCCGAAGGGCCACUACAUUAUGGCUGCGCCGGGAGUGUCGCAGGUGGAUCCGGCACUCUGGAAGUCGGCCGACGAGUUUGACCCGCACCGCUGGCUGGAUGCCGCGACCGCCUCGGCGAUGCAGGACGCAGGGGACGAGAAGGAGGACUUUGGCUUCGGCAUGAUCAGCACGGGUGCCAACAGCCCCUACCUGCCGUUCGGCGCCGGCAGGCAUCGCUGCAUCGGCGAGCAGUUUGCCUACCUCCAGAUCGGCGUCAUCAUCGCCACGUUCGUCCGGCUGUUCAAGUGGCAGCUGGACACCAAGUUCCCCGAUCCGGACUACCAGAGCAUGGUCGUCCUCCCCAGCAAGGACGGCAGCCGGAUCACGCUCACUGUCAGAGCCGACAGGCUCGAUCUCGAGUGA